UUUUUAGUGCUCAGGGGACCGAAUUGUAGUGUGCACACACUUCCUGAUGGAGCUGCUAAGUAUCAGCGAAGAAUAAUAUCGAGCAAGACAGCUUGACGAGUUGAGAAGAAGUUAUGUUUGGGUGUCCAGUGGACGGGGAGAAGCUUUUUCUAAAGAUGGACUUUAUCCUUCGGCUUCCAGAACAGGAGUAGUGGAUAACAUCCCUAUGUCUACGUCUUGGCACUACUGACACAUCUACGACGAAGGGUAGGAUUGUUCAAGUCCCCGUAGCUAACAGCAGCUAUCAGGCUACAAGGCUAACUAAGUUACUAGCUUAUUAUAGCUAGUAAUGUCUCAAACGUUGCCGCCCUCUGACAUGCUGGAAACACCACCUGGAUAUCCGUUUGAAGAAAUAAACUAUGAGGAUAUUGAAGUUGAAGAGGUGGUGGGAAGAGGAGCUUUUGGAGUUGUCUGCAAAGCCAAGUGGAAAGGCAAAGAUGUUGCAAUAAAGACAAUUGAGAGUGAAUCAGAGAGGAAGGCAUUUAUUGUUGAGCUCAGGCAGCUUUCACGUGUCAACCACCCCAAUAUUGUGAAGUUGUAUGGCUCUUGUAAAAGUCCGGUCUGCCUGGUGAUGGAAUAUGCUGAAGGUGGAUCGUUAUACAAUGUGCUGCAUGGUGCUGAACCCCUCCCUUAUUACACUGCUUCCCAUGCCAUGAGCUGGUGUUAUCAGUGUUCCCAGGGCGUGGCCUAUCUCCAUGGCAUGAAACCAAAGGCUCUCAUUCACAGGGACCUCAAACCACCCAAUCUGCUUCUAGUGGCAGGUGGCACAGUGCUGAAGAUCUGUGACUUUGGAACAGCCUGUGACAUCCAGACCCACAUGACCAACAACAAAGGAAGUGCAGCAUGGAUGGCCCCAGAGGUAUUUGAAGGCAGCAAUUAUAGCGAGAAGUGUGAUGUUUUCAGCUGGGGCAUCAUUCUCUGGGAAGUGAUCACUCGCAGGAAGCCCUUUGAUGAAAUUGGUGGACCAGCUUUUCGCAUUAUGUGGGCUGUUCACAACGGUACAAGACCACCACUCAUCAAGAAUUUGCCUAAACCCAUUGAGAGCCUGAUGACACGCUGCUGGUCUAAAGACCCCUCUCAGCGGCCUUCCAUGGAAGAAAUAGUCAAGAUUAUGACUCAUCUAAUGAAGUACUUCCCAGGAUCAGAUGAACCUCUUCAGUAUCCAUACCAGUAUUCAGAUGAGGCACAGAGCAACUCUGCAAACAGUACAGUUUCAUAUAUGGACUAUACUGGGACCAGCACAAGCAACAGAAGUGAUGUAAACAUGGAACACAGUGAUUCUCAAGGAAGCAACGACACUAUCAAGAUCACUCCUCAGUUUGCACCUCAUUUCAAACCGAAGGGAGACCCACUGAGAACUUUACCCUUGUCCAGAGGGGGCAGUGUUGAGAGCCUGCCAGCAAGAACACAGUGCUUUGCAUCCUCCGACAGCAAACGAAUGAGUGCUGACCUGUCUGAGUUGGAGCCUACAAUGCAGAUUACACCUGCAGCACGCAGCCAGUAUAAGCCAGGCCAUCGCAAAACUGCAUCAUUCGGGACCAUUCUGGAUGUCCCCAAGAUCGUCGUCACAGCCACCUGCGAGGCUCAAAGACGCCGGUCUGUCCAAGAUCUGCCAGCUAUUGGCACAGAGUCCAGUCAGGGGAGCAGGAGCAGCAGCCGCUCCUCCAGUCCCAGUGUGAGGCCACCUGACAAGUCGAACAGCAGAAGCUACUUCCCCCAUGACGAUCCCACAGGUGAUCCCACACUUGGAACACAAACAUCAUCUGGACAUCAGCUUGUCUUACCUAAGAUUUCUAAUGAAAACCUCUGCAUGACAUUACUUGUGCACUGUUGCUUCUGUUCACUACCUUGUACAUUUUCUUCACACAUUUUAUAUUGAUACUAAAAGUAAUAAGUUUUGACC